AUGUCGCCGCCGGCCGUUCUGGUCGCGGACGGCGCCAUCUCCCCGCACGCUCCUCCUUCCGCGGCCGCCUUCCUCGAGUCCACCACGGGCGCCUACACCACCGCGCGCGCAUCCUCCGCCGGCCUCCUCUGGUGGCCCCGACACCUCCUCCGGCUCGCCGACUCCGCGCGCAUCCUCGCCCACUCCCACCCCCACCUCCUCGGCCUCCCGGUCCCUCCGCAACGUACCCUCUCCACAGCCUCCCUCGAGCCUCUCGUCAACCAGUCCGUGCGGGUCGGCGUCCGCGAGAUGCGGAGGAGGAUGCUGGCCUGCUCGGGGCAGGACAUGGCGCUCACGGCGUUGGUCAGAGCUGGUGGAUCGCCGGAGGAGCUCGAGGUAUGCGUCCACCUGGGCGUGUAUGUGCCGCCGAUGUUCGGAGGCGCCGGGGCGAGGCUUGCCGUUGCGGGGAGAGGAAGGGAGGCUGCCGCUGCCAAGUACGCGCCCUGGGCUAGGAUGAGGAAGAGUAUGGAGAAGAUGAGGCCUCCCGCAGCCACGGAGCUCUUGCUGACCAAUGACGGGGAUCAUAUUCUUGAAGGCAGCAUUACAAACUUCUUCGUUGUUUGCUUAAAGGAGGAACAUCAGUCAAAUGAACCCUUGUCUGUUCAAACAGUGAUGAAUAGGUUUGAAGUACAAACAGCUCCACUAAGUGACGGCAUUCUCCCUGGAAUUAUGCGCCAGAUAGUGAUAGAGGUAUGCCAUGAUCUAGGGAUCCCUGUACGUGAGGUCUCACCGUCAUGGUCCGAUCGUGGAAAUUGGGAAGAAGCCUUCAUUACAAGUAGCUUAAGGCUUAUCCAGCAUGUGGAUACAAUUCAAGCACCUUUACUAUGGGAAGACAUAGAAACCAAAACCUGGAGCGAUAUAUCUUGGGUGAUGAAACAAUUUCAGGGCGCUGGAUUCAUCACCACACAGAUACAGAGGAAAAUAUCAGAGAGAGCAUUGAUGGAGGAGUAUGAUACAAGCUAUCUCUUGUGAGUUCUGAAUGUUGUCAUUAUUGCUGGGUGAUGGGUCCCCUGGCUUCACCAUCAUUUGUUCUUCA